AUGGCUGAUCGAAAUGCGUCAAAUACUUCAAAUGGUGAAUAUGAUCAUGCGUGGGCAAAAGAUUUAAGACAACAAUUCGAAGGUUUAUUAAGGACGAAAAGAUUAAAUGAAUUGGAUAGAUCAAGAUCACGAAAUCCUUCACCAUCACCUAGAGAACGAUCAUCUUCAUCAAAUCUCCGAGCUUCAUCUUCACAAAAUCAACCACAAUCUUCCAACUUUCGACCCACUUCUUCAUCAAAUAAUCAAUCAAAACCUCCAACUCCUCCAGCAUAUUCUUCUACAAGAAGUUUACCAAAGAUUCCUUCUCCACCAGCAGAUGCUCAAUCACAAAAGUUUCGAAAUUUAUUAAUCUCCAUCUCACAAACACCAACGAAAUAUGAAAAUCCCGGUUUAUUGGAUGAAGCUUUACAACAUUUACCACUAGAUAGAAUUUAUGGAGAAGCAGAAGAAGAAAGUCAAAUCUUACAAGCUGAGGCCGAAAGCAUGGGAGAUGGAAGGAAACCAGAAUGGGGUUAUCAAGAUUGUGUCAUUCGAGCUUUACUGAGUAUGUUGUGUCGCGCCGUUGGAGGUCGUGUAAGAUGGGUUUGGAAUGUUGAAGAUCAUGUUUGGACGGAAGUUUAUUCGGAUACGAAAAAGAGAUGGAUUCAUGUUGAUGCAUGUGAAGAAGCUUGGGAUAAUCCAAGGUUAUAUGCCGAAGGUUGGGGUAAGAAGAUGUCUUAUUGUAUUGCUUUUUCAAUGGAAGGUGCGACCGAUGUUACUCGAAGAUAUGUACGCAAACCCGAUCAUGCUCUCCCACGAAAUCGAUGUCCGGAAGAAGUUAUGUUAUAUAUUCAAAACGAAAUUCGGGGACUUCGGAGAUCAAAUAUGAAUAAGGAUGAAAGAUUUCGAUUGGAAAAGGAAGAUGCGAGGGAAGAUAAGGAAUUGAGGGGUUAUGUGGUAGCAUCAAUUGCGCAAUCCGUCGUAUCGAAUUUGAGACCAGAAGGAUCGUCACAUCAACAAAUAACACCUCCACCUCCACGACAAGAAGAUCAGAAAUUACCAGCUGAACAACCUGGUAGACAAACUGGUGCACAAGAAUGGGCAAAUGCUAGAGGUGAAGCUGGAAGACGAAAUCAACAUCCAAGGGAUCCUUCACAACAUGGACCUUGA